AUAAAAAAAAAGUUUGGAGAGAAACCAAGGAGGCAAGUAUCUGUCCGUCAGAUCUCGAGAUUCGAUCGGUGUUGAAGGCGUCGCCGGGAAAGAGUAUAAAAUGGCGGCGAAGCAGAUGGAGGAGAUACAGAAGAAGCUCGCGGUGCUGAGUUACCCAAGGGCAAAUGCUCCUGCUCAGUCUCUCCUCUUCGCUGGGAUGGAACGUUAUGCUCUUCUCGAAUGGCUCUUCUUCAAGUUGUUAGGUGAUAAAUCUCCUUUCUCUCAGCAAAAUCUCCAGGGAGAUGCUGGUGUUCGUGAUGAAGAAACUGUUCGUAUUCAGUAUUUGGCAGAGAUAGCAAAGUUUCUGGGGUUCACACCAACAGUAGAUAUAGAAGCCAUUCAAGGACAUGGAACCUAUGAAGAUCGAAUGGAAAUGCUUCGCAAUAUUGUUGAUUUGGUGGAGGCAAGCCUCUUCUCUGAUAAUCCUGAAUGGAGUAUUGAUGAGCAGGUUGCGAAAGAUAUUCAGCUCAUUGAUGCUAUUGCAGAGAGACAGUCUCUGAUAUUUUCUGAGGAAUGCAAACUGUUCCCUGCUGAUGUUCAGAUCCAGUCAAUAUAUCCUUUACCAGAUGUUUCGGAACUGGAGACAAAACUUUCAGAACAGGCCAAGAUUCUCUCUAAUCUUCAGCAAAAAGUCGAUGAUUUGGCUGCAAAGCAUGCCUACAACCCGGACGAAGAAUAUGCAGAAGUGGAAUCUGAACUAAGGGCUCGUUUGGAAUCGUUUCUUGAAACUGCUAGAGCGUUCAACACAAUCUACACAAAGGAGAUCCGUCCAUGGACUCACAUGAUGGAAGUGCCUCAGCUCCAUGGGUUUGGUCCUGCUGCGCACCGUUUACUGGAGGCAUACAAUAUGCUUCUCAAGUUCCUAGGGAACUUGAAGAACCUAAGAGACUCGCAUGCAGCACUGUCGAUUGGAUCAUCGGGAACAGUAGCUGGAGAGCCGUCUUCUGUAACUAGAAUUGUGUCCGAGUGUGAAGCCGCAUUAACCGUUCUCAAUCGAGACCUUGGUAUCCUCUCUGCUUCUAUUGCUCGUGAGCAAGGGGAGCGUCUGUAACCGUCACGGAUGAUUGCUUGAAUAUAUAGAUUCUGUUUAAUUCUUAGAAAUCACUUUAGGAGUGUGUUUUGAUCACAACAGUCUUCAACUCUUUUGCUUGUGUGUCGCCAAGUUUGUUUAAACAAAUCGCAUCAAUCUAAAAGUGAAGCUCUUCAUCGCUUCUACU